AUGCUAGGUCGAACUGGAAGCCAUGAGGAGGAUGCACAGAAUACUCAGUCGCAAUUAGAAGAAGUGGAAGCCUCCAGAAAUAACCUGCAGGCUGAGCUGGAUGGCAUCAAGGCAGAGCAUGCAGAGCUGCUGACAAAAUCUGCCAAGCAGGAAGAGGACCUGAAAAAUGCUCAGUCAGAUCUGGAAGCCUUGGAAGUCUCCAGGAAUACCCUACAGGCCGAGCUGGAUGGGAUCAAUGAAGAGCAUGCCAAUGUUACAACAAAAUCUGCCAAACAGGAGGAGGAGUUGAAGAAUACUCAGUCAAAAUUGGAAGCCUUGGAAGCCUCCAGAGAAAUUCUUCACACUGAAUUGGAUGGCAUAAAGGCAGAACAUGCUGAGCUCUUGGCAAAAUCUGCCAAGCAUGAGGAGGAAGCUCAGAAUGCUCAUUCUGUAGUUGAAACCUUGCAAGCCUCUAAAAAUAUCCGCCAGGAAGAACUGGAUGGCAUCAAUGAGGAGCAUGCCAACCUAACAAUGAGGUCCGCCAAACAGGAGGAGGAGUUGAAGAAUACUCAGGCAGAAUUAGAAUCUUUGGAAACCUCCAGAAAUUUGCUUCAGUCUGAGCUGGACGGCAUUAAGGCAGACCACGCGGAACUCGUGGCAAAAUCUACCAAACAGGAGGAGGAACUGAAGAGCACUCAGUCAGAGUUGGAGGUCCUGCGAAUGGAUAAGGAUAGGCUUGUGGCUGAUCUUGACAAGGCUGGCAAACAAAGCCAAGAAUCCCUGGAUGCCUUGCAGGCCGAGCUUGAAUCUAUCAAGGCCAAGAGCUCUAACAUCACCGCCAAAUUAGAGACCUCAACAGCACUGAAGGGGCAGGAAGUGAAGGAUCUUCAAACUGAAUUGGAGAGUGUCAGGGCAGCACAUGCUGAGCUUGUGACACAAUCUGCCAAGCAGGAGGAGGAACUUCAGAACGCUCUGGCAGAAAUAGAAUCCCUGCAAAUGGGGAAAGAGAAGGCUGUGGCUGAUCUUGAAGAAGCAAGGAAACAAAGCCAAGAAUCGCUGGGUGCUGCACAGACAGAGCUUGAAGUUGUCAAGGAAAAAAUUCCCAAGCUUGCUUCCGAAUUGGAGACAUUUGCGGCUCAGAAGGGGCAAGAAAUACAAGAUCUUCAAAGUGAAUUGGAUAGUGUCAAAGCUGAGAAUGCUGACCUAUUGUCCAGGUUCAAGGAGACAGAGGAGGAGCUUCUAAAGAUGCAAUCAAACAUGGAAUCACAACAGGAAGUCAAUGCCAAACUCGUUGCGGACCUUGAUGAUGCUGAAAAGGAAAGCCAAGAAGCCACUGAAGCACUGCAGACCGCCCUUGAAUCUUUCAAAGAAGAGAAUGGAAACCUUACUUCUGAGAUGAAAGCUAUGGCAGAGCAGAUGGAGCAGGAUGUGCAGAAUCUUCAGUCAGAAUUGGAUGAUGUGAAGGCUGAGUAUGCCAAUCUCCAAUCAAGCUCUACCAAAAAGGAGGAGCUAGAAAAUCUUCAGGGAGAGAUCGACUCUCUAAAAGAAAUCAACGCCAAGCUUGUGGCUGAUCUUGAUGAUGCUGAGAAAGAAAGCCAGGAGGCUGUGGAGUCUCUGGAGUCAGCACAGUCCGCCCUUGCAGCUCUUGAGGAAGAAAAACGGAAACUUUCUUCUAACCAGGAGGAUUCUGUAGCAGAGAAGGAGCAGGAAGUACAGAACCUGAAGGCUGAAUUAGAUAGAGUGAACGGAGAACAUGCUACCCUAGCAGCCAGUGCAGCUCAGAACAAAGAAGAACUGCGUGCUCUUCAGGCAGAAAUGGAAUCAUUGCAGGAAGCCUACACCAAGCUGCAGAUUUCUUUAGAAGGAGCACAGGAGAAGAAUGAGUCUCUCAAGACAGGUUUCGAAACUCUCAAAGUAAGCAAUGCCAAGCUUGCCUUAGAGCUGGAGACCCAUGCAGCAGAAACAGGGAAGCAAGCGCAAGAGCAACAUGUGGAAUUGGAAGGUUUUAAGAAAGAGUAUGCCAACCUCUUGGCCAGCUCUUCUAAACAAAAGGGAGAAAUGGAAUCUCUUGAGAGGGUGAAUACCAAACUUUUGGCUGAUCUGGAAGCUGCAGACAAGGAGAGCCAAGAAGCUCUUGAGACUGUGCAGAAAGCCCUUGAGUCUGCCAAGGCAAGCAAUGACACAGUUGUGUCUGAGAGAGGGGUCCUUCUUGCAGAGACUGGGCAGCAGAAUCUUCAAGCUGAGUUGUAUGCACUCAAAACCAAGUAUGCUGAUGUUUUUGCCAGUUCUGCCAAGAAGGAUGAGGACCUACAAGCUGCUCAAACAGAAAUGGAAUCUCUUCAGAAGGUGAAUGCCAAACUUUUGGCCGAUCUCGAAGCAGGAGAUAAGGAGAGCCAAGAUGCUCUGGAUAAUAUGCAAAAGGCUCUUGAGUCUGCCAACAAUGACGCCGUUGUGACUGAGAGGGGGGUCCCUCUUGCGGAGACUGGGCAGAAGAAUCCUCAAUCAGAGUUAUAUGCGCUCAAAACCAAGUAUGCUGAUCUAUUUACCAGGUCUACCAAAAAGGAUGAGGACCUUCAAAGUGUCCAAUUAGAAAUGGAGUCAUUGAAGAAGGAGAAUGUCAAACUCCUUUCUGAUCUUAAUGCAGCAGACAAGGAGAGCCAGCUAGCCCUUGAGACACUGCAAAAUGCCCUUGAAUCUGUCAAAGCAGAGCUUGCUUCUGGCGGCGAGGAAAGUUCCAAGAAGAAAAAGCGAAGUGACCUGAAUGCUGAAAUUGCUGGGCUUAAGGCUGAGUAUGCCACCGUCUUGGCUGAUUCCAUGCAAAAAGACAGAGUGGUUGAGGCUGCCCAGAGACACAUGGAAUCUCUGGAGAAGGUGAAUGCCAAGCUUUUGGCUGAUUUGGAAGCAGCCGACAAGGAGAGCCAGGAAGCGCUUGAGACUAUGCAGAAAGCCCUUGAGUCUGCCAAGGCGGGCAAUGACACUGUUGUUUCUGAGAGGGGAAUUCCUUCUGCAGAGACUAAGCAGAACAAUCCUCAAUCAGAGUUAUAUGCGCUCAAAACUAAGUAUGCUGAUCUCUUUACCAGGUCUGCCAAAAAGGAUGAAGACCUGCAAAUUGUUCGAACAGAAAUGGAUUCAUUGCAAAAGGUGAAUGCCAAGCUCCUUUCUGAUCUGGAAGCAGCAGACAAGGAGAGCCAACUAGCCCUUGAGACUUUGCAAAAAGCCCUUGAGUCUGUCAAAACAGAGUAUGAAAACCUUGCUUCUGGUGGUGAGGAACGUUCCAAGAAGAAAAAGCGAAGUGACCUGAAUGCUGAAAUAGCUGGGCUCAAGGCUGAGUAUGCAACCGUCUUGGCCCAUUCCAUGCAAAAAGACAGAGUGGUUGAGGCUGCCAAGAGAGACAUGGAAUCUCUGGAAAAGGUGAAUGCCAAACUUUUGGCUGAUUUGGAAGCAGCAGACAAGGAGAGCCAGGACGUCCUCGAUUCUAUGCAAAAGGCUCUUGAGUUGGCCAAGGCAGGCAAUGACACUGUUGUUUCUGAUAGGGGAAUUCCUUCUGCGGAAACUGGGCAGAACAAUCCUCAAUCGGAGUUAUAUGCGCUCAAAACCAAGUAUGCUGAUCUCUUCAGCAGGUCUGCCAAAAAGGAUGAGGACCUUGACACACUGCAGACUGCUCUUGAAUCACUGAGGGUGGAAAAUGCCAGCCUUGUUUCUAAGCUUGAGAAUUUGGUCAAUGAAGAAGCGGCACAGAAGCCCCAGGCUGACGUGGAUGGGCUCAAGGCUGAGUAUGCUGCAGUCUUGGCAAGUGCAACCAAGAAGGGAGCAGAACUUGCCACAACUCGGGCACAGUUAGAGUCAUUACAGAAGGUCAAUGCCAAGCUCUUGGCUGAUCUAGAAAAUGGAGACAAGGAGAACCAUGGAGCCCUGGAGACUCUGCAGUCCGCACUUGAAUCUGCAAAGGCUAAGGCAGCUGCUGAACGUGAAAUGUCGGUGAAUGAGAAAUUUGAGCUGGAACAAAAGCUGCAGACCAAUCAGACAGAGAUGGAGUCAUUGAAAGACGCCCAUGCAAAGCUCAUUACUGAUCUCGAAGAUGUGUGCAAGGAGAGUCAAGAUUCUCUGGAUACUUUGCAGGCUGAACUGGAGGCAACCAAAGAACAGAACGUGAAGCUUACUGCUGAGCUUGAGUCAGGGGUCUCCAAUGUUCUCUUGGAGACCCAGUUGCAGGAACAGAUUGCUGACAACAAAAGGCUAGAAGAGGUUGUGUCACGCCUCAAAGAGGAAGUCAAGGCCAAGGAUGAAUUGAACAAGAGCCUCACAGCCAACGUGGAGGAGAUGGGCCGACAAAUAGAAGUCACGGAAAAAAUUGCCGGUGAGCACAGGAGAGCAGUGCAAGAAAAUGCUACGCACUUAAAAGAGAAGGAAGAGAGGCUUCGGGAACUCCAAUGCGCCAUCGACGAAAAAUCGCAGGUGUUGGAGGAAACGCAACAGAAACUUGAUGGUCUACAAGCCCUUAUCAACCAACUCAACGAGAAGUCCAAUAUGCAGCGACAGCAGAAUGACCGUCUCAAAGUAAAGAAUGAGAUGCUCAAGGAAGAAAACGACAAGUUGUCCGUUGACCGCUCAGUUCAGUCCGACUCCGAGGACGACACUGAUGGACACUGGGAGCGAGAGAAUGGGAGACUGACAAGGCAAUUGAUGGAAAAAGAAAAGAAAGUUCUCGAACAGGCAAGGGAGCUAAGCGAAAGAAAAGAGCAGCAACAAAAUAGCCAAAACGUCGUGGCUCGAAGCAAGGAGCUUGGACGGCAAAUCGACGAAAAGGACCAGCAACUUCUCGUACUAGUUGACGAAAUCGAAACAGCAAUGAAGGAGGCACUGGAAGAGCUCAAGGGUGAGAUGGAUCAUCUGAAGGAGCAAAUUGCAGCCAAGGAAGUUGAACUGGGGGACCAUAAUGACUUUGGAGUGCGAGACAUGUUGCGAGCAGAAUUGAAUCAGCUCAAGGAGGACCUGGUGCUAAAGGAAGAAGAAACACGCGAAAUCGACAACGAUCUGGGAAAACGCUUCGGCGCCAUUGGCGCGUUGAAGUCUGACAUCCGCCAAUUGAAGACUGAUCUUGAAACUGCGGAAACAGCUGACUAUAGCAACGUCGCCGCAGAUGUCAGCCACGAAGAAGUUGACAAGCUCCGAACAGAAGUCAACAACCUUCAAAGUGAAAUUACUCGAUUGACCAAGGCGGCUAACACGAGCACAGUUGUUAAGAACGGCACUUCCAAAGAUUUCUUGGCGGCACUUGCCAUGGAGCAUUUGCCGUCUCUUGUGGAUCCAUUGUACAACAAGGAACUCAUCGAGCUGAUGCAGGCGAUCGCUGGAGAUGAUGCUUCUGGAGUACACAAGGGCAUGUCUCAGCUGACGGAGAUUCUCCAUAGGGAACGCGAAGGCGACGGAUAUCGUUCCAGCUUGUUUCGUGCUGGCGGUCAUUUGAUUGUGAUCAAUGCUAUGAAACGACAUGUUGGAUCGUCGCUGGUUCAGGAAGAAGGUUGUCGAGUGAUUGCGGCUUUCUCGCUCCUGAACAAGAAGCUUUCAUUUGCGGCUGUGGGUGGCAUUGGGAACAUUUGCAUCUGCCUGGCAUCGGUGGGCGCGCUGGAGAGUAUCAUCUCUGCCAUGGACGCUUUUCCGGAAGACGCGCGUCUUGUCAAGAGGGGCUUUCGGGCUUUGAACAAUCUAAUGAGCUCCAAGGGCAUUGUUGGUCUGUUUUUCGAUUUGAACAUGUUCCCUCAACUUGCCAAGCACAUGACCGACUUUCCCGACGACGCUGCCAUUCAAGAGGACGGUUGUCGAAUUGUGCGGUUUUCGUGCACGUAUCCUCGUGCCCGGGAUAACUUCAAGAAGGGUGGCGCCUUGCGAGUGAUUGCGGGCGUACUAGAGCGUUUUGAAGAAGGAACACCUACGUACAAACAAGCAUUUCGGGCGUGGAGCAUUGUGUUACAUGGGGAAUAAAUGAUCAUGAGAAUUGAAUCCAGCCCAUAGACGAGGACGAAGCGUGGGGACCACGCUCCGAGAUUGGGUAUUGUUAUUUACUGGCGACAGCUUUUAGUGUUUAGUUAGAACAGUGUAAAGCUUCAUAAGUACAUGUUUAGAUGCGUU